UUAUAUUUAGUAGGGAGGUUUAGCCCACCGCCCCAAAUAAACAAAAUCCUGGCUUCAUCUUUGAUUGAUCAGUAUGUCUCUCUCGUCUCGAAAAGCAUCAGAAGUAAGGACAUCAGGCUCGGCAGGGUUUUACACUCAAACUUCAUCAAAACAGGUCUCACCCUCGACACCUUCCUGACCAACCGGCUCAUUGAUCUUUACUCCAAAUGCAAUGCCGUACAAGAUGCCCAUAAGGCUUUCGACGACCUUCCAACGAAGAACACCCAUUCUUGGAACACCAUGAUAUCCAUGUACUCGAGAAAUGGCAUUUUUGACAAUGCACGCCAUUUGCUUGCUAAAAUGACAGAACCAAAUCUUGUGAGCUAUAAUACUUUGGUUUCUGGUUUAGCACGUCAUGGGUAUCAUAAAGAAUCCAUAUCUCUCUUCCAAAGGAUGCAACAGGAUUGUGAAUGUUUAUUCUUGGACCAGUUCACGUUUGUAAGCAUAGUGGGGACUUGUGCUUGCUUAGGUGCAUUGGCAAUGUUGCGUCAAGUUCAUGGGGUGGCGAUUGCAAUUGGCUUGGAAAUGAAUAUCAUUGCUUGCAAUUCUUUGGUCAAUGCUUAUGGAAAAUGUGGUGAACCAGACACCUCAUAUUCUGUAUUCAGUCGAAUGCUAGAGAGGGACGUUGUGUCUUGGACCUCAAUGAUUGCUUCUUAUGCACGGGCAUCAAGAAUGGAUGACGCUUGUUGGGUAUUUCAUGGUAUGCCUCUUAAGAACACAGUUUCUUGGACUGCUUUGAUAUCAGGUUUUGUACAAAGUGGGCAUGGUAAUUAUGCUUUGGAUCUUUUCCAGAAAAUGCUGGAAGAGAGGAUCCAGCCUAGCACAGUUACAUAUGUUAGCAUUUUGAGUGCUUGUGCAGAUCUAGCACUUAAUGAAAGAGGUAAGCAGAUUCAUGGGCAUAUCAUUAGAAGUAAUAAUGGAAGCUACUUGUCCAAUGUAUUUAUUUGUAAUGCUCUAGUUGACAUGUACAGCAAAUGUGGGGACAUGAAAUCGGGAAAAGCAUUGUUUGAGAUGAUUCCUGAGAAGGAUGUAAUCUCUUGGAACUCUUUAAUUACUGGAUUUGCUCAGAAUGGGCUGGGAGAGGAGUCACUUCUUGUUUUUAAGAGGAUGGUAGAAACAAAUGUGAAGCCUACUCAUGUGACUUUUCUUUUGGUGUUAUCUGCUUGUAGCCACACGGGUUUAGUUUCUGAAGGACUUCAAAUUCUGCACUUAAUGGAAAAGGGUUAUGGUAUUAAACCUAGGUCAAGUCACUAUGCAAUUGUGAUUGAUUUGCUCGGGAGGAAAAAUAAACUGAAGGAAGCAAUGGAGUUGAUUGAGAGAGCUCCUCAUGCAUCAGAUCAUAUUGGGAUGUGGGGUGCACUUUUGGCUGCUUGUCGAGUCCAUGGGAACUUGGCCCUAGCUAGGAGGGCUGCAGAAGCUCUUUUUGAGUUGGAGCCCCACAAUGGUGCAAGAUAUGUUAUGUUAUCAAACAUUUAUGCCGCAGCUGGUAGAUGGGCUGAUGCCCGUAAGGUGAGAAGGCUCAUGGAAGAAAGAGGUUUGACAAAAGAGUCAGCUUAUAGUUUGAUUGAGCUGAGAAAUACAAGGCAUGAGUUUGUAGCGAAAGACAAGAUCCACUGUCAGACAGGAGAGAUGAAUGAUAUGAUUGAUGAUAUAUUCAACAGCUAGUGUGGAUGUUGCUGUUGCCCAUUCUUUCUGUUUGGCAGUAAGGUGGACCAAGAGAUUAUCUUGAAGGCAAAGCAUAUAACUAUGAAUGUACUAGGAAUUCAUGAGUUUCUGUAACCGAUAUCCUGCAUUUUCUUACAGUACCAACAUUCGAAGCCAAUUGGUAACUGCAGCUGACCUACACAGUUAAAACUCUGAAGUAAUAACAGAAAAAUGAGCAGAAGUUCAGAUGACCUACCCAUUGCAGUAGCAGGCAUUAGAUGAGUGAAUGUCAAAUUGCCUUAAUUUAAUCUCAACCCUUGAAUUUGAAUUUAAUGGAACCUCCACUCCCAGCAGAUCUGAGAGGAAAAACUUUUCCUGCUCUUUUUGGAACAUUGCAGAUUGAAUAUGGCAAGCCAGCUCCAUGGUUGUCUAUGGAACACAUCUAUCAUUUGAGCGCUAUUCCCCUCACAUGUGGGGACAAUCUCUGCGCUGGAGUCCUAAGAUGUUUUCUCCUGCAUUGAUUACCUUCUAAGAUUGAUUAUGUCACGGCUUAAAGCGAAUAUCAGCUGAGGUGAAGUGUUGCAGGCUGACGGCUGAGGUUUAUUUCAUGGAUUACAGCUCGUUAUGACUUCGAAUAUUCAGAAUUUGGAGAUUGAAUCAGAUUCAGCUACUUUGGUGAUUCUGUUGAGUCGUGAAAAUAUGGAGUUGCACCCCCUUGGUACCAUUCUGCUCAAUUGCAGCAGAUCGAUGAGGUCCUUUGAUUCCUUACAUCUUAAGCAUAUCCACAGAGAAUGCAACAUGGUUGCAGACUUAUGGUAAUGGAAGUGUACAUGCAGCACUCUGUAGGGAUAUGCUUGUUUGACAGGACUCCUACUCUAGUCACUUAAGCUUUGGUUGAUCGCAUUCUUGGUAUUGCUCAGCCUAGACUAGUUGUAAGAGUCAAAUCUGGCUGGUUUGUCUUUUUGUUGUUUUGUUUGGCUUUUCCCCCUAUUGUACCCAAAAAAAAAAAAAACAGCAAA